AUGUCCGCGGACAACUCUUCAGUCCCAGGGCGUGUGUUGGAUCUUCCACCCCGUGCCUUACGCGACGUCUUCCGCGUCUGUCUCAGCGCUAAAGAAUACCGAUUCCUCCACGAAUUAGUGAUCAAACGCGCUCCUGCCAUCCAAAGCAAGCUCCCCUCUCCAUCUCGCUACGAUGCCAUCGCUCGUCCGAAAAAUCGACACAGUGAAGCUGCUGUUCGCUCCUCUCUGCGAGUCUUUAUUGGCUCCGGAAUCGCCUUGAAGGUGGCGGAUUCAUUGAUCACUCGGUUUCAAGGCGCUUCACAGAAAAAGACCCGCACUCCCUUCCUCCGGUCUCCCAAAUUUCGUCUUUCUAUCUCCCUCUCCCUCCUCCUUCUGAUCCAUCGCCUCCUCUACCGCUUCCUCAUCCGACUGCGAGCCAGCCUUCGCACUGAUGAUGCAAAGCCGUUCAGAAAGCGCAACCCACGCAUUUCGCGGGCGCUGACCUCGCGCUUUGCGCCAGCGAUCGGCGCAAGUCUGGCGGGGUUCGUCCUGGGCAUCUGCCCGCAGGACCAACUUCGACUGACUGCGGCGAUUCAUGCAAGCACCAGGAGCUUGGAGUUCUUGUUUAAUGUCCUGGACUCCAAAGGCUGGUUGGAUAAGCGCCCAUGGUGGUUCGGCAGCUGGCUGUUGAUGCCCAUCUCAUUUGCGCAGCUCUUCCAUGCUUUUGUGUUUGAUUCCGAGACUACACCUUGGUGGCUUCCAAAGAUUAUUCUCAAGCACUCGCCGAGUUACAUCCAAGGCCGACCGGAGUCGCUCCCGGACAACAUUGCCUGGCCCGAGAAGGAAGAGAUUGUGAAGUCUCUUGCCUCUAUUGCUGAUCUUCGCUGGCCGGCAUUCGUUUCUCCAAUUCUACACCCGGGCGAUCCCAACACCUUACCGGUAUCAGUGGCUUCCAUCUCCCCAAUAACUGGACUAGCACACCCUGCAAUCUCAAGUCUAUCAUGCGCCCUCUUGCACCCAACCCUCCCGAACUGUAACACAGCGUUCUUGCAUCACAUUCUCCUCUCCGUGCCGCCACUUGCACGGCUCCUCACGACCAUCACUCUGGCGCUUUCGAUUCCGAACUUUAGAAGCAUUCUGCUUCAGCCUAUUUCAUCCGUGAACACUAUCUCAAAGUUCAUUAUCACCAUGACCGCGGUUCUCUCUGCCGCCAUUGGCUCAGCUUGGGGUAGUGUCUGUUUCUUGAACAACAACUUGCCCCGAACAACACUGCCUAGCAAGCGGUUCUUCCUUAGUGGAGCACUGGGCGGUCUGCCUUUUUUGUUCCUGGGCAAUCGCCGCGGCACAUUCCUCUGGUUCUUCCGCACUGCUGUUGAUUCAGCAUACAAGACAGGGGUCAAGCGUGGAAUAUGGAAAGGCCGAAGAGGCGGUGAGCUCUUAUUUAUUGUUUUGUCCUGGGCGCUUAUGGGGUCGAUACUUGAGGUAAACCCCGAGGCCGUACGGGGUGGUGGACUGCGUAAAGCUCUGGCUUGGCUGAGGGGUGAUGGAUUUGGAGAUCCAGUGGAUAUUGCGAAACGCAAACUGCGACGGGAAUCGAAGAAUCCCGAUGGAAAUGGAUUACCCAAUUAA